AUGCGGUGGCAGGAGGAGGAGAAAAAAAGAGAGUGGGUGCAAAACUGCGGGAAGGAAUUGUUUCGUUUUUGCCUCCAAGCUUAUCCUUUUCUUCAUUUAAUCAGUUUAGGCUUCCUCGUGGUUUCACGCACAUUUUCUUUCUUUCUCUUUCUCUCUCUCUCUCUCUCUCUCUCUCUUAUUUUAUUUUCUCCUAACCUUUCCCUCUCUAUCUCUUUUAUUCUCUCUCAACCUUACCCUCUCUUUUUUCUUUGCCUCUCUCUCUCUUUGUCUCAGUUUCUACCUACUCUAUCUAUCAAUCUAUCUAUGUCAGUCUUUCCUGUGUCUGUCUGUCUUUUUAUCUAUCUAUCUAUCUAUCUAUCUAUAUAUAUAUAUAUAUAUAUAUAUAUAUAUAUCUCAAUCUUUCCUGGGUCUAUCUAUCUAUCUAUCUAUCUAUCUAUCUAUCUAUCUAUCUAUCUAUCUAUCUAUCUAUCUCAGUCUUUAUCUAUCUAUGUCAGACUUUAUCUAUCUAUCUAUCUAUCUAUCUCAGUCUUUAUCUAUCUAUGUCAGACUCUAUCUAUCUAUCUAUCUAUCUAUCUCUGUCUGUCUUUUCACAUUCAUUUCUCCCCUAAACAGAAGUUUUCACUAUUCCAUCAACUCACCCUCUUUUUCUCUCUCACACACACACACGUUUUAUUUUCUCUCUCUCUCUCUCUCUCUCUCUUACUUUUUCCUUUUUCUCUCACUAUCUCUUCACUUUUCUUUCACGUUCGCUUCUCUCUCCUUCUCUCUCACACAUACAUGUUUUCUCUUUCUGGAACUCCCACAUUUCUUACCCUCACAUCCACACUAACUUGUUUCUCGCUCUCUUUCUCUAACCACCCUUUCAUUCUUCUCUUCACUUUUUUCUACUUUUGUUUUUUUUCCUUUUUCACACACGCUCUCUCUCUCUCUCUCUUUCUCUCUCUCUCUUUCUCUCUCGCAUUCACUUUCUCUUGCUUUUUCCGUUAUGUCUCACUCUCAAUUCACUCUCACUUCUCCCUCACAAUCGCUUUUAUCUCUUUCUCUAUCAAUCUCUCGCCCCCAAUAGCGUAUUUCCCCUCUCGUUUCAACAUAAAAAUCUCUCUCCCCCCUCUCUCUUUCUCUCGCUCUUUUUCUCUCCCUCUCUUUCUCUUUCGCAUUCACUUUCUCUUGCUUUUUCCGUUAUCUCUCACUCUCAAUUCACUCUCACUUCUCCUCACAAUCUUUUUAUCUCUUUCUCUAUCAAUCUCUCGCCCCCAAUAG